CCUAUUACCUCCCUUGAGGUAACUCUUUCUUUUCUUCCUGUUACUCUUGCUUAUUUCCCCCUUUUCCGCCAUCGCUGUAGAAUUGUGAAGAAGACUUCCAGUUCCACAACAUGGCCAAGUCAAAGAAUCAUACAAAUCAUAAUCAAAACAGCAAAGCUCACCGUAAUGGUAUUUACAGACCAAAGAGAUUCAGAUGUCCUUCAAUGAAAGGUGUUGACAGGAAGUAUCUGAGAAAUCUUCGGUUUGCUCGAAAACACAACAAAUUAAUUCCAAAAGAAGAUAGGAGACAGCUGCGGGAGGAGAGACACAAAAUUAAAAUGGCCAAACGAGCUGCCGCCAAAGUUGAAUCCAAAACUGCAGGAAAAGCCACUUCUACUACUUCUUAGGAAGGAAGAAUGUUUUGAGGUGUUGUAGGAAAUAAACACUGGAAAAUCUU